GGUGGGGUGCGGGGGCGGGGGGGCUCCUGCGCACGGGGUCGGAGUCUGGGAUCCUGUCCCCGCGACCGACGCUGCGGAGGUGCCCGGCCAGGCCCGGCAGAUAACAACCUGGUUUUCCUUAUGUUACAUAUGGCAUCUGGCUGAUGAGCAGGGUGGUGAGGCCGCCGAGCGAGGCAGAGCUGUGGGCCUGGGAAACGGAGGACGAUGACAUGGCAGAAGGCGACUUGGGGUAUGGCCUCGGAAGAAGGCCCGGCGGUAUUUACGAAGUGCAAGUUUCACGCCUAUCGACAUCAAGAAAAAGAUCUGAUGGCAAGAACUUCAGCCCACCCUCACUUCCAGGACAGGGGGAAGAAGGAAGUGGCGCCAUUUUUCAGUAUUCCAGGCAUAAGGGCUUGCAAGAUACAUACCCUGCAGAGCCCAGAACUUCCCACUCCAGACAACAGAGUAGCAGUGAUUCUAAUUCAGAAUUGUCAAGUGUAGAAUUAAAGCGACGUCUUCAGGAUACUUUAGAGGAGGUAGAAAUUUUAAAAACUGAACUUGAGGCAUCUCAGAGACAACUAGAAGGUAAAGAGGAAGCACUGAAAAUUCUUCAAAGCAUGGCAGUUUUUGGCAAAGCCACAAGUCACACCCAAAUGAUGCUGCAAAAAACUAUGGAACAAAAGAGAUCCUUGGAGAAGGAAAUAAAUGCCUUGCAGUGGGAAAUAGAGUUUGAUCAGAAUAGAUUUAAAAAUAUAGAGGAAUCAUGGACCCAAAAAUAUGACAGGCUAAACUGUGAAAAUGCAGUCCUCCAAGAAACUUUGAAUGUAAAAACAGAAGAAAUUAAAAUGCUCAAGUCGGAAAAUGCACUUUUAAAUCAACAGUAUUUAGAGGCCCUCGCCAUGCUUGAUGUGAAAUGGCAGACGGUGGCUCCGGAAAACGUGCACCAUGAUAAAAGUGGUUUUACAGAGGUUUCAAGUCUUGAGCUUGCUGUCCUCGGAGGCUGCCUUUGCCAUGGCCCUAGAGGGAGUCCCUGCGAUUGUGCCAAAAUGGCGGCAUCUGCUCGCAAAAUGCUUCUUAAGCUCAAACAGGAGUUGGGACUUUUGCAGAAGAGUAAAGAAGAAGCUUACAUAAUGGCAGAUGCAUUCAGAAUUGCAUUUGAGCAACAAUUAAUGAGGAAAAAUGACCAGGCACUAAGAUUGACACAAAUGGAUAAAAUGUAUAAAAAAGCAACAAAAUGGAAAAAUUGGAAGCACCUUAAGGAGGAUGGAUUACCUUCACAAGGAAGUAAGAAAACCUUAAGGCAGAAACUGCUGGGGAUGCUCCCAUCAGAAAACAGUUCUAAGAAGCCCGAAGACCAGAAUAACCCUCAGGAGGUCUUUAAGAUGCUAACAGAGUUGUUGAAUGAUAAAGAAGAAGCUCUGGCUCAUCAAAGAAAAGUUAGUUACAUGCUUGCUCGGGCACUGGAAGAGAAAGACACCACCUCAAAUGAAAAUAAAGAAAAAAGUCCCGUGAAAGACAAUUUUCCAUUAAAAAACCUCUGGGGGAAAUCUUCAGAAUUCCCUGAACUGCAUGAUCCUGUAUAUUCAAGUGUUCAAAUUUUAAAUUCUCCAGGCUGCAUCUGUUCAAUCCAACACCUUCACAGAGAUCAAAACUGCACAAGAACUCUCAAAAGAUCCUGUUCUUUGCCAUCAGAUAUCAUGUUUUGAAAAUAAACCAGUUGAAAUCAGAACCAAGACCUGUUUCUAUCAAGAGACUUUAAAAAAGGACUUAAAUGUUGCUACAUCAUCAGAAGUUGUAUAUUUUCUGGGUCUUUCUAAGUUUUAGAAAGCAGCUUAAGUACUCAAACAUUUUUUCUACAAGAAAUUUAUUAGUAUUAUGUUGACAUACUUUAUAAAUUACAUUACUAUACCUUAUGAAAUUUUCAGUGUUUGCCAACAUCUUAAAAACAACAAAAAAUUGAUUUUUGAGAAAAACAGUUAUUUAACUACUUAGAUUGACUAAAGGGAUCUUUGACUGGCUUAAGUAACAAUAUAAAUUAAUGCUCUAAGAAGUAACAAUGCCUAGGAGUGACUGAAUGUUACUUUUUAGAUUACAUAUAGUUUUAUUGUACUUUUCAGGAUUUUUCAUUUGCCACAGAAAGUUUAAUAAUUUCCUUAACUUCAAUUAAAAAGUUAUUUUGGCAGAAGUGUAUUCAAAAUAUUGUUACCUUUAUAGCUUCUUUGUUGGUGUGGUGACACUUUGUAGCCAGACCUACACAUAAUUCUAGCACUCACACCAUUCUGAUUUAACUUCUUGGUUUUGAUGCUGAAUUUUAAGCCAUUUAAUUUUUUCUUUCUUUCUAUAAAUGUUACAUAAUAAAGAUAUUUAAUACCUUCUUGGAAUGUUGCUAUAUUAACAUCACAGUUAUAUCAAAGGAACUGUAUUACAUUAUCAGAAAUUUUAAUAAAACUUUUUAUCUAGUUAUGAUGUCUAGUAAAAAAGAUACAUACAUGGCUUAGCUACGUUAAAUACUACUUAAAUAGAUGAGGUAACAACAGGGUAAAAUGAGGUAACAAAGUAUAAACUAUUGUGUUAAAGCAACACCAUUUAGUUGGAAUUAAUAAAAAUAAAAGAUGAAAACUUGGCAAAUAAAUUUUGCAAAAAGGAGUAAUGAUGAGGAACUACUGUUACUAGAUAUUAAAAAUGCAUUGUCCUGACAGUAGUAUAAAGCUACAUUAUUUAAAACAAUGUGGUACCAGUAAGUCAAUGGAACAGGAUAAAGACCACACACAGAUUUAAUACAUGUAAUGAUUUAAUACGUGUAAUGAUUUAAUAUGAAAUGUAAGAAAAGGAAAGAUUUGGUAAUGUUCAACAAUAACAAACCUGGAAGGGUAAAAAAAAGAAAAAAUCAAAGGUUCUUUUUUAAUGUGUGUGUGUAUAAUACAUGUGUAUAUAUAUAAAAUGCAAAUUCAUAAAAAUUGAUAAAAUUUGGAACACUAACUGAAAAAGAAUCUACACUUGAUCUUAGCCAAAAGGCCGAGAAGCGAUAACUGAAAAAGAAUCUAAAUCAACAGUUCACAAGAGGGAUUAUAUAUGGUUAGCAAAUGUGAGGAACUAUUCAACCACAGUAGAAAUUUUAAAAAUGUAAAUUAGAAUGAGAUACCAAAUUAGCAAAGACCACAAAGAUUAUGUGAGUACUAGAAAUGAUGAGGUGAAACAGAUCCUUUCAUACAGUGUUGAUGGGACUGUGUAUAUCUGAGAUCCUGCAUUCAAUCUUGGAGGAUAUACUAAGAAGUGAAACUGCUAGAUCAUAUGAAAAUGCUCUUUAAAAAUUUUUAAGGAAAGGCCACAGUUUUCCACAGCAGCGACACCAUUUUACAUUCCAACCAGUAAUGCACAAGGGUCCCAAUUUCUCCACAUCCUCAUCAACACUUAUUUUCUGGGAUUUUUUUUUUUUGGAUAGUGAAGAUCCUAACUGGUAUGAAGUUAUAUCUCAUUGUGGUUUUGACUUGCAUUUCCCUAAUGAUUAGUGAUGUUGAGCAUCUUUUCAUGGGCUUAUUGGCCAUUUCUACAUCAUCUUUGGUGAAAUGUCUAUUCAAGUCCUUUGCCCAUUUUUUAAUAUAAUUUUUUUAUUGUUGAGCUAUAUUGUCAGAUACAUGAUUUGCAUCUUUUCACUCUGCUUAUCCACUCCUUUGAUACAAGUUUUAAAUCUUGAUGCAGUCUAUUUUGUCUUUUUAAAGAAAGAGUUUUCUCUCUUGGUAGCAAAGAAACCAAAUAGAUCCUAAGCAUACUUGUUGGCUUAUAGAUGGAGAAUACCAUGUGACAAGGCAUGUGGACUGCCUUAAGAAGCUAGGAAAGGCCUCUGGCUG